CACCUCUGGCUCUGCUUCAAUUCUUCUUUCCACCUCUCGCUUCUCCCUCUCCUUUAAAAGCCCCCUCCAAAGCUUUCACUCCACCUCACACCACAACUCGCACCUCCCUCCUUCCUUCUUUGGUUGCCCGGCCUAGCUUCUUCUGUACUGUCUUCCUUGGUGAAGUCGAUCCGAUCCUAUCCAUAUCCAGCCCAAGCUCGUCUCUUCACUCCAAAGGAACACCCUGAAACAAGAAAGAUCCAGGAGAAACGGUCGAUCGGGACAUCUCCUAAGCUAAAGACACCGCGCGUGCAGCUCCUCUAUCCAUAUCGCCCGCCAUGGCCGGUCUCUGCUCUCUUCUUAUCCGUGAACACCACCAAUCACCGAGGAAUUAAUAGAGGAAGGAGAAGAAGCUCUCGCGUCAAACUAGUAGAAUCAAUCAGCCGAGAGGCGGGGUCUGUGUUGGCUAGCGAGAAUGCGGCAGAUCUCGUCGAUGCUACAGGGGCUGGCCCGGUCGCUGGCCGUGGGGAAGGAGAAGAAAGGCGGCGGGGACGAGAAGGGGACGGUGCUGCGGACGUCGGGGACUCUGUGGGGCGAGGGCUCCGAGACGUUUGCCGCCGUGUGCUCCCGCCGCGGCGAGAAGGGCAUCAACCAGGAUUGCUCCGUCGUCUGGGAGGGAUUCGGGUGCCAAGAGGACGGUAUUUUCUGCGGCGUCUUCGACGGGCACGGCCAAUGGGGCCACUACGUCGCCAAGGCCGUCCGGGAGUCGCUGCCGCCGUCGCUGCUGCGCCGGUGGCAGGAGGCCGUGGCGCUGGCGUCGCUCAUCGACGGAGAGAAGAAGCUCUCGGACUACCAGCUGGACCUCUGGAGGCAGUCCUACCUGGCCGCCGCCGCGGCCGUGGACGAAGAGCUCCGACGAAGCCGGCGCCUGGACGCCGUCAACAGCGGCUGCACGGCGCUGUCCGUCGUCAAGCAGGGCGACCUGUUAGUGAUCGCGAACGUGGGCGACUCCCGGGCCGUCCUGGCGACCACGGCGGACGACGGCGGGGUCGCCGCCGUCCAGCUCACCGUCGACUUCAAGCCCAACUUGCCAAAGGAGAAGGAGAGGAUCAUGGAGUGCAAGGGGCGAGUGCACUGCCUGCGGGACGAGCCGGGCGUGCACCGUGUGUGGCUGCCCGACCGAGAGGCGCCGGGGCUGGCCAUGUCGCGGGCGUUCGGCGACUACUGCGUCAAGGACUACGGCGUCAUCUCGGCGCCGGAGGUGACGCAGUGGAGGAUCAGCGGAAGGGACCAGUUCGUGAUCCUGGCCACAGACGGGGUAUGGGAUGUGCUCUCCAACGAGGAGGCCGUGCGGAUCGUGGCCGCGACGCCGGACAGGGAGAAGGCGGCGAAGCGCCUCGUGGAGUGCGCCGUCCGGGCCUGGAGGCGCAAGCGGCGCGGCAUCGCCGUCGACGACUGCUCCGCAAUCUGCCUCUUCUUCCACUCGCCGCCGUCCUGAUUGAACAGAACCGUGGGCUUUGUGCAUCGACGUCAGAAGGAAGAAUGAGGAAAAAGCAAGAACACAUUCACAUUCCUUGUGUCGCUGUCAGUCUGAGACUCAUCGCAGGAAUCAGAAUUCAGAAGGCGCAGUUUGUCUCAUGAUUGUGACGCUGCACGAUUGGCCUUUUGGCCUGGACUGGACGUACGAUGGGCAAGCCGCUUGCUGGUCGAUCACCGAAAAUUCUCCAGAUUUCACACACACACACACACACUCGAACGUUGGGCGUUGCCAAAAUGUUUGUACGAGAACCAACGACAGCCACAAGCAAAAUUCCCAAGGGAACGGGAUGUAUUUUGUCCUCAUUUUAUUCGUGUAUGACGCUCUCUCGGUUAACACUGGCCUCUGGGCGGCAUAUGCCUGCCAAAAGUAUGGUCUGCGUGUAUGACCCAACAGUCGGAAUUAGUUUUGACGUCGACGGCCACCGGACGCACCGAGCCAGCAAGCUCACGACAAUGGAUUUGGGCAUUGGCUUGAGAAAGAACUGAACGCGUGUUUCUUCCGUGCUUUUUAGCACCAGAGGGGGGAAAAGACCAGGACAAGUUGACAAGUGAUACAGAGAUGGCGAAUGGGCAGUGAUGUGUGAGCACGGUAGAGUGGACUUUGUUCCAGCUCCAGAAUGUAACUCAGGAGACUCCGUUGGUCGGGCAUCGAAGAAUAAUUGUGCGGCCUCCAGAAUCCAGUAACAUCCGAUCCAAAUUGAUUUUAAAGAUUUUUUAAUUCUA